CCCAUCCCUAAUGGUUAAAGGGGACCAAUGUCUGUGGCCACCUGGCCCUGGGAACAAGACCAUGCUUAUCAGGAAGCGUCAGAGACCCGCAGGAAAUUGGAAACUGUUCAGAGUUUUUGUGAAAGGAAGAUACGCAAGAUAUGAAGAUGGACGGAGAAAGCUUGACAGGUUCCAGUUCUUUUCUGAUGUCGAGUCCGGACAGGAGAGUAAAAAGAGAAAAAUCAACUAACCAAGUGGGUACUAUGAAGAUGUACCGGAGCCACGACCAAACUUCCCAGAAGCUUCAAGGACAGGUACUACUUACAUGGAUCAAGCUGAAGAAGGAUUGUGAGUUGCAGUCGGUCAGUUCAGAAGAUUGUUCUGAGAAGAGUGUUGUGCCUCUUGCUGCCAAUCAGGAGCAACUAAAGCGGGUGACAAAACUGCUGCCUCUUGCAGAUAUUCAACGUGAGGUACUCGCAUGGCUGGCUGCAUUGAGGAUUGUGCAACAACAGCAUGGGGAGUUGCUGGUAGCCAUCGAAAGCAGAUUGAACAAGCAGACGACCUGCACAGACACCACGGUUGUCUCGGAGCCUUUCAAUGACGUGGAGGACUUUCAGCAGUUUGAUGGCAACUUGAGCGGUUCUGCCAAGGAAGCUUUGGCGAGUCAAUUGUUUGUGGUAUUCUGA